AUGAAAAUAUACGAUCUGCUUUGCGUCGUGUAUUUCGGAUGUACAAUAGAAAUCGCUAAGUCGGUAGGAAAUCAAAAUUUUAACAUCGGAGAUGUUACCAAAGACUAUCUAUUGAUGAAAUUGGUUCAAAGGAUCGGGAAAAUAACUAUCAUUACAUACGUGACCAGGAUGAGAAGCCGUAUUGUAAAAGUAAUGGACGGAGCAAUUAUAAUUUGGGAGGCCAAAACAAACGGAGAAUAUUUGUCGCUAUUGAAGAUUUACAAAUAUUAUGGAAGGAACAAAUUAGCGUAUGUAUACAGUUUAGGAAAUCUCGUUAGAAAAACUAAAUUUUUUGAAGGGCGAAAGCACAAUUGGUAUGAGAUUCCAGAAUUUUAUUUUGAUUAUAAGUUAGAAAGACUCAGAAAAGAAAGGAUUUUUGAUUUGAAAAGUGAUAUUGAUUAUGAUACUUUUUAUGUCCAAGAUCUUAGUUUAUAUGGAUUAGAAACUUUAGUUUUUAUUCCAUAUGAUAUUUAUGAUAUUAUAUCGGUUUGUGAUGAUUUUGAUGUAAUUUGGGAAAGAAAUAAUGAUUCGGAUAAAUGUACUUGUAUUAUUGUUCAUGGAGAUUUGCGAAAUUCUCAAUUGAUUCAUCUUCAUCUCAAAAUAAAUAAUACACAUAAACAAAUGUUUAUGAGAAAGUAUGAAGAUGAUUGGAAACAAACCGAUAAAACUAAUUUCUAUUCCUUUCUCAAGAAAUUAGAUAAUGUAGACACACCUUUUUAA